UAUAGAAGCGGUGAAGAAGCCACUCGAGAUCUGCAGAUGCUCAGGCGCCUCAUGUCCUCUGAAUGGACGAGACACACCCUUGACCCUCCUCCCAGGGAUUUACAAACUCCCGAGUUCCUUCUGGCGUGUGAAGUUCAACCGCGCAAACUGAGCAAGGUUCUGAGGAUCAAAGCUGGGAACCAACACAGCUACCCAACCUUGAAGAUGGGGAUGACCGGGCCUCCAACAUCAAAGCACAACCAUGGUGAAGAAAGACCCAGGAGGUGUACCUUCAACCCGUUUCACAGCAUAAAGUUUUUUGUACUAUGUCACGGACUGUUGCAGCUUUCCCAACUCUUAGUGUCCGGGUAUCUGAAAAGCAUCAUCUCAACCAUUGAGAAGCGAUUUGGCCUUUCCAGUCAGAACUCGGGGAUGCUGUCUUCUCUGAAUGAGAUCGGAAGCACAGUGUUUAUAGUGUUUGUCAGUUACUUUGGCAGCCGUGUUCAUCGUCCUCGUCUAAUUGGUUGUGGGGGUAUUCUCGUCAGUGUCGCUGCAUUCACCAUGGCGCUGCCCCACUUCAUCAUGGGCGGGUACGAGUUUGAUCAGACCAUUGCAAAUAGUGUUGGUAACGUCUCUGAUCUCUGCCCCUUGACGCUGGAGGACCAGAAUCUGACCAAUGAGAGCUGCAGCACGGACAAAAUUGACAGUGAUUACAAAAUGCUUUCCCUGCUGAUAGUCGGGCAGUUAUUGUUGGGAGUUGGUGGUGUUCCCAUUCAACCUUUUGGGAUAUCAUACGUUGAUGAUUUUGCCAGCAAUCGGAACUCACCUUUGUAUCUUGGGAUUUUAUUUGCGGUUAGUGUUCUGGGUCCAGCAUUUGGCUUCGUUUUGGGCUCUGCUGUUCUCCGGCUCUACGUUGACAUCGAUAAACUAUCAGCUGAUGAGAUCGGCUUGCAGUUCGGAGACCCACGUUGGGUGGGAGCCUGGUGGCUAGGAUUCCUCAUUGCAGCCAGUGCCGUUGCAGUGGUCUCUAUCCCAUACUUCUUCUUCCCAAGGGAAAUGCCCAAGGAGGACUCCGGGGAUCCUGAAGGUGAAAACAAACCCAAAAAACAGUUGGACAAAUUAGAAUCCAAAGACGAUACAACACAAGAUCUGUCGUUGCUUCAGUUUAUUAAGAGUUUUCCUUUUAUAUUGCUGCGCACUUUAAGGAGCUCAGUUUACCUCCUGGUUGUCUUAGCGCAGGUGUGUAUGUCAGCUCUGAUGUCUGGAUUAACCGUCUUCAUUGGCAAGUUUCUGGAGCAACAGUUCACCGUGACUGCCUCAUUUGCAAAUCUAUUGAUCGGAGGCAUCCAGGUCCCUGGGGCUGUUCUUGGCAUCCUGAUUGGUGGAGCCAUUUUGAGGAAGUUUCAGAUAACUCUGAGGGGCUCAGCCUUCAUGUGCUUCAUGGCCAUCUUCGUCGCCAUUUGUGCCACCACACCGCUCUUGUUCCUUGGCUGCUCAACACAAGUAGUUGCUGGAAUAAACUACAACCACAGUUCCUUGGAUAGUUCUUCAGGCAUUGAGCUUGGCUGUAAUCAGGGAUGUAACUGCAGGGAUCAGGCCUACAACCCAGUUUGUACGACUGAUGGCAUUGAAUUCACCUCUCCCUGCCAUGCUGGCUGCAAGUCUGCCUUCUUUGAAGCUGAUGGGAAAGUUGUGAAUUAUACCGACUGCUCCUGUGUUCCUGCUCAAAACCUGGUGAAACCUGGCACCUGUGGCAGUGGAUGCUACCAACUCCUCCCGCCAUUUAUAUUCUUCCUAACAUUGGCUGCUUUUGUAGCCACCCUCUGUCAGACCCCUUCCUUCAUGUUGGUCCUGAGGUCAGUGAAGCCUGAAGAUAAAUCUUUGGCAAUAGGGAUUCAGUUCUUGCUAUUCCGUGUUCUGGCCUGGUUGCCAGGACCCAUCAUUUAUGGAAGUACAAUUGACACCACAUGUAUCCGAUGGGAAGAGAAGUGUAACAAAAAGGCAGCCUGCAGAUACUAUAACCUGGAUCUCUUCCGGAUCAGGUACAUUGGGAUGCAGAUGCUGUUUCAGUGUGGAGCGUUUCUAUUGUUCCUGAUGGCCUACUAUUUCCUAGUGAAAGACAGUUUGAAGAGGGAGCGACAGACUGGGGUGAAAACCAAGACUCCGAUAGACCCCGAGGUUGGGGAAGAGAGAAAUAAACUGAUGAGCAAAGGCAAUGGAAUCAAAUCCCAGCCCGAAUUGAAAGUGUGAGAGGUUAUCGAUGGGGAAGU